CCUUGAAGCGAUCGCCAAGCAGCGCCAUCUUUUGCACGAAGCGUGAAACAUCAUUGAUGCCCGUAUCGUCGGUGACGAAUACAGCUGAUUGAUGUCCACUGGAUAUUUAAUUUGCCGGCUGAGUUGCAAUAUUUAUCGUUACAUUACCUUAAAUGCAUAAUAAAUAUGAAUAAGGCUUCACGUCUGUUCUGUCCCGCACUGGUAAUACCCAAAAAUGCAGUUGUCAAACAAACGGAACAACUGUCACUCAGUCAAAAGCUCUUGACUGAGCUUGGCCUUGUCAAGCCAGGCAGCAAUGGCACCUACCAAAUUAUGCCCAUUGCCCAGCGCGCCUUGGACAACUGUGUUAGUCUGGUACAACGCAAUAUGCAAGAGGCUGGCGGCCAAAAGAUAAGCCUGCCCGUCUUAACGCCUACGCAACUGUGGAAGAAGACAGGCCGCCUGGAUGGAGAUAUAUCCGAGUUCUAUAUGGUGCGCGAUCGCAGUGGCAAACAGUUCUUAAUGAGUCCAACUCAUGAGGAAGCGAUCACAGCUAUGUUGGCCACAACCGCGCCCAUAUCCUAUCGCCAGCUUCCUUUGCUUCUAUACCAAAUUGGUCCCAAGUUUCGAGAUGAGCUGAAGUCACGCUUUGGCUUGAUGCGCGCUAAAGAAUUCCUCAUGAAGGACAUGUACACUUUCGAUGUAACAAAGGAGAAAGCGGAGCUCACUUACGCAACAGUUAGCGAAGCCUAUGAACGCUUCUUCAGGCAGCUGGAGGUGCCUUUUGUUAAAGUUGAGGCUGCCACGGGCAUUAUGGGCGGCAGCCAGUCGCAUGAAUAUCAUUAUAUUUCACCCGUGGGCGAGGAUACGCUGCUCAACUGCAGCUCAUGUGGCUAUGCAGGCAAUGCAGAAGUCUUUGAGCCAGAUGCUAGCAGCACAUGUCCCACCUGUCGGAGCACACAGCUGAAUCGCGUGCGUGGCGUAGAGGUGGCACACACUUUCCUGCUAGGCGACAAGUACUCAAAGCCUUUGGGCGCCACCUUUCUCAACACCUCAGGCAAACCGGAAACUCUAGUCAUGGGCUGCUAUGGCAUAGGCAUAACACGUAUCAUCGCUGCAGCGCUGGAAGUACUGUCCACAGAGCAUGAACUACGCUGGCCCACGCUGCUGGCACCCUACGAUGUCUGUCUAAUUGGACCGAAGCAGGGCAGCAAGGAGCAAGUGCCAGCGGAACGUCUAGAAAACGAUUUGCUGCAGCAGCUUACACAAAUCUGCGGCGAUCAGCAGCUGCUGCAUGAUGACCGCAAGGAGCUGACCAUAGGCAAACGUUUGCUGGACGCCAAACGCUUAGGUCAUCCGCUUACAAUUGUUGUGGGCGCCAAGGCAAUGCAGCAAGACGCGCCCAAGCUAGAACUGCAUGCGAGUGGCUCGGAGAAAAUUGAGUUGAACAUAAAUGAAGUGUUGGAGCGGGUAGCCUUGCAUGUGCGGCACAAGCAGCAACUGUUGCAGCAAAUGCCCAGCAGUGAAACGGAUGUGAGAAUAAGACAAACCGUUAGCCAUGUACAUUAGCUUUAUGUUUAUAAUAAAGAUAACAAUAACGCAAAA